AUGUCGACUGUAGACGCAGAUCCCGUUCUUUAUCUAGAUGAGCAGAUCAACGAUGAUGCUGACUCGUCGAUUGAAGCUGAUGCCGCCUCAUCAACAGCGAGCAUCUCGAAAUAUCAUCUUCCAAAUGACCAGGUCGAAAAUGAACGUCUAGAUCUUCAGCAUAACCUCUUCCUCCUGACGUUUGGGGAUAAACUGGGUCUUUCUCCGCCCAAUGAACCCGGCACAAUGGUUGGACGCGUACUCGAUGUGGGAACAGGAACAGGAAUUUGGGCUAUUGACUACGCAGAUGAGCAUCCGGGAGCUGAGGUCAUUGGGGUUGACCUCUCGCCAAUUCAACCAACCUUUGUCCCGCCAAACCUCCGUUUCAUUAUUGAUGAUAUCGACGAAGAUUGGGAAUAUGGUCAGCCAUUUGACUACAUACACAGCAGAAUGAUGGUCUUUAGUAUACAGAAUUGGGAGAACUAUAUCCGCAAGAUCUUCAAGCAUCCUGGUGGCUAUGUCGAGAUCCAAGAAACUGGUGGUAUAAUUCUCUCCGACGAUAGGACUCUUACCCCGGACCACGCCCUUUCCCAAUGGUGCGUCCUCCUCGGGGAAGCUUUUACUAAGCUCGGGAGUACCUCCAUCGAAUUCGACAGCAUCAAAGCGAUUAUGCAAGAAGUUGGCUUUACUGAUGUAGUCGACACAAGGUUCAAGUGGCCUACCAAUCCAUGGCCUAGAGACAAGAAGUAUAAAGAGUUGGGAACGUGGAAUAACUACAAUGCUUCUAAUGCUUUGGAGUCAUUGACCAUGGCGUCGUUCUCGAGGGCCCAUGGAUGGUCGCGCGAUGAAGUUAUCAUGUUUCUUGUUGAUGUGAGAAAGGAUCUGAAUAAUCCUUGUAUUCAUGCUUAUAAUCCCAUGUGA